AUGGCAUCUCUGCGGUCGUUGACUGCCCCCCUUCGCUGGGUAGCCCCCGCGAGGGGCGUCGCCGUUGUGCGAUACAGCUCUUCCUCGACCUCCGCCAUUGCAUACAAGGCCCUUCGCCGUCGCUCUGCUCCUCUCCCCGUGCGCGACAACCCUCCCGCCUGGUCCGCCCAGUCCGCUGUCUCCAACAUCCUCUACGAGACGCCCGUUCCAUCUACCGUCCCUCCCAAGCGACACAUUCUCAACUGCCUUGUUCAGAACGAGCCCGGUGUUUUGUCUCGCGUCUCUGGUAUUCUGGCUGCUCGCGGUUUCAACAUUGACUCCCUUGUCGUGUGUAACACCGAGGUUGACGAUCUGUCCCGCAUGACCAUUGUUCUCACAGGCCAGGACGGCGUUGUUGAGCAGGCUCGCCGACAGCUUGAGGAUCUAGUCCCUGUCUGGGCCGUUCUUGACUACACCAACGCUGCUCUCGUCCAGCGCGAGCUUCUCCUCGCCAAGAUCAACAUUCUUGGACCUGAGUACUUUGAGGAGCUUCUUAACCACCACCGGGAGAUUGCUGCCGGUGAGUACGAUGUCGACAACGCCCAUGAGGCCAUUGAGCGCAGCCUCUCCGAUACCGCCAAGGACUUCCACCCUAGCAAGUUGGCUGUCAGCCAGGCUCUCCGACACAAGCAUGAGCAUCUCAAGUCCAUCACUUACUUUGCUCAUCAAUUUGGUGGCAAGGUUCUGGAUAUUAGCAACAGCAGCUGUAUUGUCGAAGUUUCCGCCAAGCAAUCCCGUAUCGAUUCGUUCCUUAAGCUUGUUGCCCCAUUCGGCAUUCUCGAGUCUGCUCGCACAGGUUUGAUGGCUCUGCCCCGAUCUCCUUUGAAUGAGGGCAACCAGGAGGCUCUCACCAUGGAGGCGGAUGAUGUUGUUGAUGCUAGCCAGCUCCCUCCCGGCUAA